UUGUAUGUUUUAGAGUUCACUUUUUGGCUCAGUUUUAAGUGAAACAAGAUUUUCUUCCUAUUUUCCGAACAGUAUUCCCAAAAUGGGAAAUACACAAGCUAACGAAAAACAAAUAAAGACGGGAAAAUCACCCGCUAAAGGUAAACAUUUUAUAAGAAACCUCAAUAGGAAAUCGCCCGGUCGGGACAGCAAAAAGCACGGCAGAAAGAAAAGUGAUGCGAAACGAGAUGCGAUCGACAGGUGCUAUGAUAAAACGCCGGAUUCAGAUAACCACGAGCCGGCCGAUGCGUCAGAUAACGAUAUGUUCGAGUGCGUGUUCAAAAUAUUGGAGCGGGAAGGGGGCGAGUCGAACGAGCAGUCAGAGGUAACGGUGACCAGGUGCGAGCCGUGCGCGGAGCCGCGGUCACCGACCCGCGACCAGCCACCCGCCGCGCCGCCUGCUUGCUCGCCCGCUGGCGACUCCGCAUCAGAGUCAGUGUUCACGGACCCGCUCACGCCGCUCGCCGUCGAACUAAAUCAGUGUUAUUAUUCCGCCGAGAGUGACAGCGCACUCGACGAGCACCUGCGAACCCUCACACCCUCCCCGACAGAUGCGCGAGCGGCGCCCGUCGCGACCUCAACACCGCGAGUCAUAGACAUGCCGCACGACGACGCCGCCUCCCUGCUUCCUACCGAUCACGCAGAAAAAGAAGACAAGCUUGACACAUUCGACGACGUUACUGACAGGGCCGAUAAUGACAGAAACAUGGGUGGAAUAUUCUCCGGGAACCGCAUCGAAAACGCAGUACGUGACCCUCACGAGUGCAACCACGACUUCCGCGACAACAGACUAAAGGCUUGUCACACACAAACAUCAUUUACGCUGUCGAAACAUAGAAAAGUGGAACUACCUCCGGUGGCUUGUGACCCGUCGCUUGCGUUACUUGACCAUGCUAUUUCUGAAAAAGAGAAGCGGCCCGCGAGCGUCAGUGACGUUCCAGUCCUGCCAGAGUCGAACGUGCUCCGGAAGGUUGCCUCCUUGACCCUUGAGAAACACUCGGAAAACAAAAUAGUACGACCAAAAUUCGUUCCGGACAAACUGGAUUUCAGGCUUUACGAGAAAUUUGAAGGGCAAAUGCUUCUAAAUUGGUUUAUGUCGUCGAUAUCAGAAAACAAACAUCUCAAAACUGUGUUAAACCCACAAGAUUUAAAAAAUCUUGGAAUACAAUAUUGUACGCAUCUUCUAGCAGCUGGUGUACUCAGACAAAUCUCAGAUAAAGAUGCCCCCACCGAAAAUCUAUUUAAGCCUAAUCUAAUGUACUAUUGGGCCCAUAUGGAGGUACCACCUUCACAGCCAGUAACACCUGGCAGAUUGCAAAGUUCAGCAUGGCCCCCAGAUAAAGACAGUAAUCGAAUAGUGAAUCAAGAAAAUGUCACGAACGGGGCCAAUGUGGACAACAGGUUUUUUAAUCAAAAUAACAGUGAAGAUAUUAGUGAUAUUGGUGAAGCAAAAAUUAUAAUUGCUGACUUAAAACGAAAACUACAAGAACUUGAAAAUCAAUUGGAAAGAUAUAAAAUUCAUUCAGAAAUUGACACACUUAAUAAAAACUUGGAAAAAAGCUUUGACAAUGUACCUGGAUACAGUUUAGUUAAAAAUCGAAAUGAUUUGAUAAAUAAGGAAGUGCAAACACUAUUUGGUAAUGAACAUAAGUUGCUUAGUAAACCUGUGAUAAAUUUUCCUGAAAAUGAUCAACUCAAAGAACAUAUAAAAGAUCAUAGAUCAAUAGAAUUAAGUAGUUUAGAUAUGAGCAUUAAAGACUCUGUAAAUAAAUUAGACAAAAGAUCUGAAAAAAUAGAAAAUUACUGUAAGCUAAAUAAAAGUAGGGAUUGUGAAAAAACAUUGAAGAAAGACAGUAUAAAUGAAAAUAGACAAGAAAAAGAAGAGAUUCAAAACCAAGAUCCCAAAAAUGACAUUGAGAAGGAUAGUAAAACUGAGCAAAAUUUUGAUAAAGAGUCAAAUACAUCUUUUGUUAGCACAUGUUCAUCUACCAAGAUUACAGAUACUACUAGUACAUAUUGUGAAACAAAAAAAAAUUAUAAUAAAGAUAUUAUAGAAAAACUGGAUUCAAAUGUACAAGAAUUAUAUGUCAGCAUUGGUAAACAAAUGCCGUCAUCUGAGGCUAACCAACUACCAUCUGAAUUAUUGCAAGCUGACAUAUCAAAAGAUUUAGAUAGAAAUAAAGAAAAAUCUCCAGUAUGUUCAAAUGAAAACAUUUCAACAAGCAAAUCUCCAACUGUAGAAGUUGAAUCUUCAUCAAUUCAAGAUGAUGUUUUUGUUUUUCCAAGUGAUGUAAAAGUUCAACAAAGUAUAACCCAACCUGUACCAGAAAUCAAGUUAGAUCUUCCUCUUCAUUCACCACCUCCUAUGCCCGGGAGGCCACCGCCCCCACCUCCCAUGCCAGGAACAUAUGUAGACAUUGCAUCAGAUGUAAACAAAAGUGAUCUAAACCAACCUACAUCUUCAAUAUCUGUUAUGGGUCCACCUCUGCCACCACCCAUGCCAGGCAUGGAACCUUCAUCAUCGCUAAUGACUGAUAUGAGACCACCUCCUCCACCUAUGCAAGAUAUGGGACCACCACAACCCCCAAUGCCUGGUAUUGGUCCGCCCCCUCCACAUAUGCCAGGUAUAGGACCACCUCCGCCGCCAAUGCCUGGUAUGGGUCCGCCCCCUCCACCUAUGCCAGAUAUGGGACCACCUCCACCGCCAAUGCCUAGUAUGGGUCCUCCCCCUCCACCUAUGCCAGGUAUAGGACCACCUCCACCGCCAAUGCCUAGUAUGGGUCCGCCCCCUCCACCUAUGCCAGGUAUGGGACCACCUCCACCGCCAAUGCCUGGUAUGGGUCCGCCCCCUCCACCUAUGCCAGGUAUGGGACCACCUCCACCGCCAAUGCAAGGGAUGGGUCCACCUCCUCCACCUAUGCCAGGCAUAACCCCUAUGCCACCUGCAAUGCCAGGUGCACCCCCUCCUCCAGGUAUGCCAGGAUUGGGGCCUGGUCCCCCUCCACCACCGCCGACAGGACCAGCACCAUUUCCAGCACCUCCUGUAGGUGGUUGGACUACACAACGAUCAACACUUCGAAAAACCCCAGUGAAACCUGCUGCCCCAAUGAAACCUUUAUAUUGGACACGUAUUUUAGCUCAACCCAGUAUUCCAACAUGUCAUGGAGAAUUAGAUUCUAUAUUGAAACCACUAUGGUUAGAAAUUGAAGAAACUAGUUUAGAUAAUAUUGACGAGUUUACUGAUCUAUUCUCGCGUCAAGUUAUAAAAGCCCCUACCAAAAAGAAAGUGGAAGUCAAAACGAAAAUUCAACCAGUGAAGAUUUUGGAUAGUAAGAGAUCGCAAAAUGUCGGAAUACUUGCCCAGAGCUUGCAUGUAGAAUUUUCAGAGAUUGAAAAUGCAGUUUACAAUUUUGAUACAUCCGUUGUUAGUUUAGAAGCAUUACAGCAAAUUUAUGAACUGCGGGCCAGUGAAGAAGAACUUGCAAUGAUAAAGGAACAUCUAAAAUGCAAGCCGGACAUACCACUGGAUCGCCCAGAGGCGUUUUUGCACGAUUUGUCCGGUAUACCGAAUUUUGCUGAAAGAAUAUCGUGUUUUAUGUUUCAAACUGAUUUUGAGGAUGCCAUAAACACAACCAUGCACAAAUUAGACAACUUGAAACAUACAUGUGAGUUUCUCAUGACUAGUGAAUCUCUGAAGAAAUUGUUUGCAAUUAUUUUAACUCUGGGAAACUACAUGAACGGGGGUAACGGACAACGGGGCCAAGCCGAUGGAUUCGGCCUAGAAAUACUUGCCAAACUAAAAGAUGUCAAGUCGAAGCAAUCGAACGUGACGUUAUUGCACUUCAUAGUUCGCACGUACAUGCGUUGUACGGGCGGCGCGUUGUCGGCCACCUGCGUGCUGCCGGUGCCGGAACCCGGUGACGUCACCCGAGCCGCUGCCAUCGACUUUGCCGAUGUCGCUUCGAAUUUAACUAAUUUAGGAAAACAACUUGACGCCUGCAAAGAAAAAACGAAAAAGGUAAUAGAAUCAGAUGCUCAAUCACGAAAUACAAGCAACGAAGAACCCCCUGGGAAUAUGAGUAAGGGUAAUCUAGAAGUGUUCAAAGACAAAAUGACCACAUUCCUAAAUGCUGCUGAAGAGAAACUUAAGACUGAAAACGAAAAUUUAGAGGAGUGUCGCAAUAAAUUUAUUGCAACAGUAAAAUUCUAUCAAUAUUCAUCAAAGUGCGGUAAAAUAGAGGAAUGCGAACCGAAGGAGUUUUUCUCUCUUUGGACGUCGUUCUGUAGUGAUUUCAAGGAUAUAUUUAAGAAAGAAGAACAGCUUGCUAUAAAAGAAAGAUUAAAAGAAACCAGAAAGUUACAGGAUGAGAGGAAAUCUCUAACACAGCCCAUUAAAGAAGGUGGACUCAAAGCUAGACUGCAAAAACUCUCCAGUUCUCGAAAAUAGCUUUUAAACAAUAUUUAAAAUAUUAAAAACCGCUUUAGCUCAUAUAAAUUUAUCAAUUGUUACUAAAAGUAUAAAAUAAAACGUAAAACAUUACCCUCAUUCAGCUGUCUGAAAAAAAGGAAUAUUAUGUCAAACUUAGCAUUUACGCAAUACAUUUAAAUAUAUAUUUCACUAUCAACUUUACUGUAUAUUAAAUUAUUUAAUGUGACAAAGUUCAGCAUUCUUAUUACAAACUUUGAUUAUACAUAAGUAUGAGUUUUCUAUAAAUACUUGUUUUACAGGCCACGAAAACAUUUCAAUAGUGUUCUUAUAAAUAAUAAAAAUUAAAAAUAUAAUGUUAUAAGAUUUGACAAAGAACUAAAUAAGCUAUAAAUAAGCCUUGUCCUUCAUGCAUUCCAAAUUAGGCAGACUUCAAUAGUAAUAAUAAAAGCAUAUAAAAAUUGUACCUGAACAUGCUGUCUAAUAUCCAUAGAUAUUUUUUUUAUAUAAAAAUGGUGCUGUAUUUACUGUUUUUGUAAAUAUAGUUAGUAAAAAAUUUUUUUAAAUUCAAUAAAAUUUUAUUCAUUAAUAUAAACAA